AUGUCUACACAACAACAACGCAACACCGAUUCAUCAUUGAACAAUUUGCCAGAAAGAAAUGCCAGUAAAUCAGCAACUAACGGAGCUGCAGGUGGUUCGACUAAUGCCAUUGGUAGUGAGAAACGUAAAGAAGAUUCAAUUCCUAUAGGUAAUAACGAUACUAGUGCACAACACAAUGCUCCUAUCGACAAACAUGGCGAUACAUGGGGCGGUGGUAUUUCAGGACACAACAAGCAAUACCGAUAA